CACUGUGAAUAAGGAGACAAACAAGACGUGCGAAUAAGGGAUCGUUGUGUGCUGGUGGAUCAAGGAAUUGGGAGCGAAAUGGACAAAUUUUUGGGUGUUUCAGAAAACAAUAAGGAAUUGGAUUAUGAGGACUGUUCAGCUAAAGAAAAUGAGCCCAAACGGAAAUGUGCAAAGUCCAACGUCUGGAAUUAUUUCAAACGUUUAGAAGGUGGAUCAGCCAAAUGCCUUACCUAUGGGAAUGUUUACAAAACCUGUGGCAACACAACUAAUUUAUCCAACCACCUAAAGCGAGCUCAUCCGACUGUGUUCACUGUUCCAAAAGCAAUAAGAACACUUGGAGAAUUUUUCGACACUACACGGCAGAAAAAAUAUGAAAGGGGCUCAUCUCGGAAAAUUUCUCUUGACAAGGCUCUGAUCGGGAUGAUCGCUACGGAUCUACAGCCUUUUAGGAUUGUGGAAGACGCAGGCUUUCGUAAUUUUGUCCACUGCCUGGACCCGCAAUACGCGAUGCCAAGCAGAAGAACAUUAAUUGAUGUACUACUAUCAAACAUGUACGAGGAAAUGAAUGAAAAACUUAAACACAUUCUCACUAAGGUAAAGUACUGUGCUGUGACUACCGAUGGAUGGACAUCCAGAGCCAAUGACCACUACUUGACGGUCUCUUUGUAUGUAUGAUAUAUGAUCUCAAUGAAUUGAUCUCUGUUAAUAAAAAAAAAACCACUUGUUUUUUCGAUUUAAUCGAUGUUUUUUCUAAAAGAUCGAAAAGAAUCGAUGCGCUGAGAAUCGAUUUUUUCGCA